CGUCGUCGGCGUGCAACAAACCCCACAGUUUUCCUUGACUAAGCCCUCUUUUUAAACGAUAAGCAUACGGCAGAAACACUAGUCGUAGAUUUGACAGGGCAUUGGCAUCCAUUUUUCUCAGAAAAUUGUUGCAUUCAUUUAGUUUCGUUCACAUCAAAAACAUACUAUUUCACAAAAAAUGGUAACAUUAAUUUUUUUUUUCAAAUAAAAAUAAAAUUCCAUAUCAUACAACUCAUAUAUACAUCGGUUUUAUUUUAAUAAUUCAGAUAGUAAAAUUUUUAUUUUAAUUAUUAAAAUUAAAAUUUUAAUAUUUUAACACCAUAUGUACAACAAUUAACAAAUGCAUCAUUAUUUUUUUAUAAUUUUUUAAAAUGUUUGAUAAAUAACUAAAAAAAAUCAGAACUUUGGGUUGUGUGUCUUUUGGUGAAGGAAUGCUUGUCACCUACUCCUUUUAAGUUCCCAAUCUUUCUUUCUGUUGCUCUCUCAUGCUUUUUAGAGAGAAGCCACUUGAAAAAUAAUGAGCUUUGUUUGAUCUUUGCUUUGCUUCCGUUUUGUGACAAUGGAGAAGCACAAAUGCAAGUUCUGUGCCCGAACGUUCUCUAAUGGCAGAGCUUUAGGAGGUCACAUGAAAGGCCACUUAACCAACCAUCCGCUGCCCCCAAAGAGCUUCCAGAACCAACUCCGUGACCGUGUGGAGGCAGCUUCUUCAUCAUCUUCUUCAUCAGGUGAAGAGCAAGAAAUACAAGAAGAGAAAAGCAGAGAAGUAGUUGAAGAGAAAUCUUUGGUUUACGGGUUAAGAGAGAAUCCCAAGAAGAGUUUCAGGUUUGCAGAUCCUGAAUUCUCUUUUGCGGUAGAUUCUGGGUCCGUUGUCCAAGAUAGAGAAAGUGAGUCAGAGUCAAGAAACCCAACUCGGAGACGCUCCAAGAGAAAUCGGAAGAUGGGUAUUAAUGCAACAGGAACAGAGGAAAUCAAGAAACCAAAGUUGUUGAGAAAACCCAGUUUGGUCGAGUCACCGACUGAGCCAGAACCGGUGAGUUCAGUUUCUGAUACUCCACCUGAAGAACAUGUUGCUAUGUGUCUGAUGAUGCUGUCAAGAGCUGUUUGGAAAAGCAACAACGUGGAACAAAAAUCCGCUGAGUUGUUGGAAGAAUCAGAAGAGAUCAAGCUGAACAACAACAACAGUGAGUUUAGUAAGAAGAAGAUUCAUGGAAAGCAUCGAUGUGGGAAAUGUAAGAAAACAUUUCGAUCUUUUGACACAUUGGGUGAACAUAAAAGGGUUUGCUGUGGAGCAAAAAAUGCAGGUAAAGCUGUUAAUGACAGCAAUAUAUUUGAGUGCCCAUUUUGUUACAGAGUGUUUGGGUCAGGACAAGCACUUGGCGGUCACAAGAGAUCUCAUUUGCUUGCUGCUGCUUCUUCAUCAAAUACUGCCACUGCUGCAAAUUCUACUAAAUUUGAGAACAAUUUGAUAGAUCUAAACUUGCCUGCUCCAUUGGAAGAUGACGAGUUUAGUGUGUUAUCAGAUGCAUAAAUUCAAUGAUGGGGGCUAUCGAGCAGUUAUGUGGCAUACUGAAGCUGCCAUUGUUGCGGAAUCAGAUAGCAAUGACUUGGAUCAAGUUUCACUUCAAGGGUAACCCAUGUCAGAAGAAGCAGAAAUACCGAAGCAUUUUUUCUGGGGGUUUGGCUUGCUUGUGGACCAAGCACUGUUCUCUGCAAGUACCAAAGCUGUUCAAUUCUGUUACCAUAUCCUGUUUUUUGUUUUCCAGCUGUUCCUUAAACUGUUUAUCCCCUGCAAAAACAAUGUUUGUUCUUUUAUUUCUAGAUCCCUUUUGUUCUCUGCUCCAAUCUGGAGUAUCAAUGGUAGGACAUUAACCACAAACUUGAACAUGAAUUGACAAGAAUAACCUCAAUGGAACUUGGGUUUUACAGUUCUUGGUCUGGGUCUUUGGCAAAUCUGUCUUUGAAGUGAUUAGUGAGUACUGACUCGGGGGAGAUCCAAAUCCCUUGAAUUUCUGCAUGAAAAGAUAAUGUAAAAUUUUUAUCUGCCUUGAAAUAAACGAAAUAUCCGGGCAAAAGGAGCUGCCCAUCA